CAACGGAUUUCCAGUACUAAAGCAAAACUUAUUUGAACAGCCAGCAGGACUUCUGACAAUGCAAAACAGCAAAUUGUCUUCGAAAGCCAGCAGCCCGAACAGCCCUUUGCCCGUGUUCAGGAGAACGAAACAGGAAAUCAAGUCUGCUCAUAAGAUGGCCAAGAGGUACUCCUCCAUCCCCCAGAUGUGGUCCAGGUGUUUACUGCGCCAUUGCUACGGCCUGUGGUUUAUCUGCCUUCCUGCUUAUGUCCGAGUUUGCCAUUCCAAAGUAAGGGCUCUGAGAACAGCCUAUGAUGUGUUGCGCAAGAUGCACACAAAAAAGAUCGAUCCACCCGAUGAGGUAUGCUACCGGGUGUUGAUGCAGUUAUGCGGACAAUACGGUCAGCCUGUCUUAGCUGUGAAAGUCCUUUUUGAGAUGAAAAAAGUUGGGAUUGAUCCUAAUGCCAUUACAUACGGUUAUUACAAUAAGGCUGUUUUGGAAAGUAGCUGGCCAUCAAGCAAUCGAAGUGGCUACUUCCUGUGGACAAAGAUAAGAAAUGUCAUCUUAGGAAUAGCCCAGUUUAAAAGAGUUCUAAGAAAACAACCUGCAAAUGGCAUCCACAAAACUCUUUCUGGGGACCAUUCGGACCUCUUAUAUAAGUUAUCUAAAGAGGCAGUUAAACAAGGAAAAGCAAAUGUUCAGAACAGUGGUGACCAAAGAGAUGAGAAAAAAGAGAGUGACUCAAGUUCCUUAUCUGAAAUUGAGAGUGGAAAGGGAAGCGGUGACUGCCUCCCAGCAUUAAAUUAUCAAAAUUCCAGUUGUGCUAAGCUGGGUUCAAGGAUUGUUCGCAUCAGUGAUACAACAGGCAAAAUAUCAGAUGCAACAAGAGAUAGUGCUACAGAAAGCUCUGCAGGAUUGCUCUUCUCUUGUUUUGACAAUAUCAAUAAAACAGGAGUCACUAAAGCGGAAAACCUGAGAAACAAGCAUUUAAACGCAGCUGAAAUGGAACGCAAACGGAUAGUUUGGCGAAACAGGAACCUGAGUGGAGAUGCUCUCAUGGAGCUCAUGAAAAAUCAGAUUAAUCAUGAAGCCAGUCCUGAAGAAAUUGUUGAAAAACUAGGCGUGGAUGCAAAAAUCCUUUCUAAAGUGUUUGAGAAGAGAAUAAGGCCAAAGACCCUCAACCUCCGACCGUCUUCUUUGGGACCCGGUCGGAAGAGCAAUCUGGAAAAAGAAUCCAGUGAUGAAGAUGUAUCCUACGAGAGCAGUUCUGUGGAUAAAGCAGAGUCUCCUGUUAUAUUUGAUUUGGAAGAUCUGGAUAAUGAACCUGUUUCAGUGAACCCUGUGAAACUGAUGCAUAGAAAGCCAAAGAAGAUUCAGCGAGCCAUAAGUUUUCCAUUGAAGCCCAUCGAGAAGGUCGAUGUUGAAACUGGAUUUGAUCCACUGUCCUUGCUAGCAGCUGAGACAGAGCAAGGGAAGGAAGAAGAGGAUGAAGAGGAUGAGAAAAGGGUCUCCACCCCAUCGGCAAGGCGCGAUUUAGCUGAAGAAAUAGAGAUGUAUAUGAACAAUAUGAGUAGUCCUUUAACAAGCCGUACGCCGAGCAUAGAUUUGCAAAAAGCCUACAGUGACAAGAAUCCCAACAAAAAGAGUCCAACAUUGGCCCAGCCAUGCCGAAGAUCUAGCCUUCCUCCAAACUCACCCAGGUCAGUAAGCCUCACCAAAUCCAAGAGCUACCAUGUAAAAAAUGAAAGAGUAAGGGAUAGGCUUUGGUCCUCUCCAGUGUUCUCUCCAAACAAUUUGUCAAGGGGACAAUCUCAAGACAUGGCUGGUGCAGUAACGCUUGCCUCUCCAACCUCGUUCAACUUGGAUACGCUCCUGACACCUACUUUUGAUGUUCUAAAGAGCAGCAUGUUUUCUGCAGGAAAAGGGGUGGCGGAGAAGGCCAGCAAGUGGUAUUCAAAGUUUACCACGUAUGCAGCAGCAUCGAAGGAUCAAAAUUCAGACCGAGCAAGUGUUUCGUCCCUUGGGGCCCUGGAUUCAGAAUCUGCCUCUCUAACUGAUGAAGAAAUGUGCAAUGAUUUGGAAAGCAACUCUUCUCCUCGGGAGGAUGCGUCAUCUGCUUUAAAGAGGAUUGGCCUGAGCUCAACAAGUCUUGAAAGUUCAGCUUCUAACAACGGUUCCUCAAAACGUUCCUCUCAGUGUGGUUCCUUUUCAAGAUCAGAGGUGGUUUCCUCUUGCAGCCCAAGCAGUACCAGCGUCUUCCAGAAUUACGCACUGGAGGUCCUCAUCUCAAGCUGUUCCCGAUGCCGAACCUGCGACUGCCUGGUUCAUGACGAAGAGAUCAUGGCAGGCUGGACUGCAGAUGACUCCAACCUUAAUACCACCUGUCCAUUCUGUGGAAAUCUGUUCUUGCCUUUCCUGAAUAUUGAAAUCAGAGAUCUCCGGGGACCCGGAAGAUACUUCCUGAAGUCCAGUCCUUCUUCAGAAAAUAUACAGAUUCCAUCCUCUUUUAUGAACCAGAGAGGCAAAACGUGCAUUGCUGAUCCCCUUGCAGGAUUUACUACAACUUUAGUACCAGCUCAGAAUGACUUGGUUUCAGAAAGCAGCUGCAAGACAAAACAUUUGGACACCCUCUGUGCCAAGAGCAUUCAGAUCCCUUCUCAGCGAAGGCAUCCUUCAGCCAAAAAUGAACAGCUUGACCACCCCCUGUCGAGAAGCGUCAGUGCGUACAGUUCUCUGCAGAUAGAGGAGGUGGGAGUCCACACACACAACCAUGUGGUGCCCACAGGGAGCCUGCCUACGACUUUCCAGGGGAGAACGGAGUCUUUGGGGCUGGAGUGGCAUUUGCCCAGUCCGGAGCCCAUAACCGUUCCUUACCUAAGUCCUCUCGUUGUAUGGAAAGAACUUGAAAGCUUACUGGAAAACGAAGGCGAUCACGUGAUAACGGUGGCAGAGUUUGUGGACCAUCAUCCCAUUGUCUUCUGGAACCUCGUGUGGUAUUUCCGACGGUUGGAUUUACCCAGUAGUCUGCCCGGAUUAAUCCUGACCUCUGAACAUUGCAAUAAAAAUUCCAAGAUACCCAGAAACUGUAUCUUAGAGAACAGCAAGCACGUUCUGAUUCAGAUGUUGUGGGACAAUAUGAAAUUGCACAAAGAUCCAGGACAACCUCUCUACAUCCUGUGGAAUGCCCAGACUCAGAAAUACCCAGUGGUUCGCUUACUGCAAAAGGAUGACAGUUGCUUUAACCAGGAACUCUUAAGGAACAUGGUAAAGAGUAUUAAGAUGAACGAUGUCUACGGGCCGAUGAGUCAGAUCCUAGAGAGGCUGAACAAAGGACCACAGAUUAAAAGGCAAAGGAGUCUUUAUAGAGAGAUACUAUUUCUCUCUCUUGUUGCUCUCGGAAGAGAUAAUAUUGAUAUAGAUGCUUUUGACAGAGAAUACAAAAUGGCCUAUGAUCGUCUUACAGCAAAUCAGGUCAAGAACACCCACAACUGUGAUCGGCCGCCCAGUACUGGAGUGAUGGAAUGCCGGAAGACUUUUGGGGAGCCCUAUCUCUAGAAAGAGCCGUGGUGCGUAACGAAGCGCUUCGUAGGUGAAAAGCAGCAACAGCAGCGGCUGCGGCCUUCAGAAAGACUCUUGUUCUUCUCCAUCAAGAAAAGGCACCUUUGCCUUUUUCUAAAUAAGAAUGCCCUACAGGGAACAUCAUUAGGGAACAUCAUUCUGGAAUUAUGAAAGGACCGUGGGCUCCGAAGGGGCCUCUCUCCACCUUGACGCAGCUGUGAGCCGCAUGGCGCAGAACCUGGAACGUUUUGUGGCAGAAAGGUGUGAAUCGGGGCGGACCAAAAGCGUGCAGAGAAGGGUCGCGUGCAUCAAAUAAGCAUUUUCAAAACCGUUUGCAGAAAAGGGGCGAAAGGUUGCAGAGUGCAGACCAGAGUUCUAUUAUAACAGAUUUUAAAUUAUUUAUAACAAGUUCAUAUUUUUUUAACUUUUUAAAUUCCUUAUAGUGAACUGAGUGACUUCGUUGCAUAAGCAAUACUUUUGUCCUCCUUCAGAAUAUUGCUGGGUAUAGCAAUUGGUCUUUUUCUUUUUUUUCCCCCAAAAGAAGCUCUUCUUUCAUUUUGCUUUUUUUUUUUAUGUAAUACAGGACUUUCAAUACGAUAUUUCCUGUUUCACAAAAUCUACUCUUAAUUUUAGCUGAAAAGUAUUACUAACUGAUAGGAAGCUUUCGUAAGUAACUCAGAUUUGUCACUGUUUGAACGCUGAAGCUGACAUCACUUUUGCUCUGUCCCACGGCACUGACUUUCACCACUAUUUUUGUGUGAAGAGCCCGAUUAAAUAUUGGAAGCUGCUGCUGGAUAGGGAAUCUGUUGCAAAGGACAGUCUAAAGAGGUCUGGAGCGGAGUAUGUCGCUGUCUGUAUUUGAUCAUGAUUGGCUUUCAAAAGUCUCUGCAGUUUCCAGAGAGGUUUUUCCUACCAUAGGAAGAAGGUUGUUCAGUUGAGAAACACUGGUUUAGGGCAUGAUUGGGUAUAUCAGAUUUGUUUGAAGGGUUCCUUGGAUCCCGAGGAAAAUGGUGUUGUUGACUGAAUGUGCAACCCAGUAUAAGCCCAGGCACAGUGAAAAUGGCGAAAAUUGUUUUAGGAAAUAUAAAUGAAGCAGAUAAUCUGUUGUCAGAGCAGAUACGCAUGAGGUAAGGUAGGAGUUUGGCGUUCUGCAAAUAUUCAGGCAGGAUUGCAUCUUUUCACUUUCCGUUGCUCAUGUUCGUGCUUCGUUUCCUAGGACCUGGAGAAUUAUGCCUCUUCUUUUUCAAAUCGGCCUAUUCCUAGAGAAUUAUGGGUCUGUAGAAGGAACCCCCUCCAAGGGCUGUGCAGUGCUUCAGAUUCAGAUCCUGCACACUCCCACGGAUGCUUUGGAGCGCACAGGGACAUGGAAAUAGCCCUUGUUUGCAGCAUCUGGAAGCAGCCGUGUCUUUUCCUGGGUUGGGUGUGCGUGGUCCUUGGAAAAGGCACGGCUGCUUUCAGGAGUUGCAGACGGGGGCUCCCUGUAGGCUUUGGAGCCCCCGCCCCAGCUUCUUUUGGAGACUGAGUCCAAAGCACCAUGCUUACUUUCUCAGCUUUCUUAUUAUCUAAUUUACUGGCAGAUUUUAUCAGACUCAAAUCUGUAAUAAUAACUAUGGGAUUAAGGUGUAACUUAAUCCAGGAGAAAAUACUUUAAGUAUAAAAAUCUCAAGUCAAAUUUACUCCUAGUGGCUUUAUGGACUAGUCCAGGAGUUUUCUUCUUAACAAGAUGGAAAUAGUUUGCCCUUGCCUUCUUCCAGGGUGAUUUUUGACUUUGCAUACUUGCCAACAGACCUGGAAUUUCCUAGUGGUCUCCCAUCCAAAUGCUAAUCUUAAUAAUUAAUGAGAUUUUGAUUCUAGCAGUUCCCCUUGCUUUUGAAGCUCCCCCAGUUUUAAGCAGCACACCCAUCCAAAUGUUAAAGAAACUUAUAUCUGAAACCAAGGUAUGCAGUAGAAAGCUGUUAGAAUCUAAGGGACAAUUCAGCAGGAUUUUUUUUUCCCCUACAGUCCUCCUGUAAAUUUCCCCAGUGAACCAUACUUUUCUACAGAUCUGCGUUUAUCUUUUAUUUAUCACUGAAUAUUUAGACUUUCCUCUCUAGGAAUCGUGCGAUAAAGCUGGAUGUUUUGAAUCAGUGAAUAGACAAUUUCAAAAGUCACUCACUGCUAAUUAUUUAGCAAUGUGUGAGAUAUGUGUCUGUUAAUUUCCCUGUACAGUUCCUAAGUUAUUGUAUCUCCAGAGGAAACAAAUGUAAGUGCCUACAGUACUACAUUUGUGCAGUACAGCUCAUCCUUGUUUUAGCGACCGCAGUGGGGACUGACCACUCAGUGGUUAAGCGAAGCAGUCACUAAACGAAACCACGACUGUGCUUACGAUCUGACUUCAGCUGUCCCUUGCGUUA